UCAAUAUAAUUUAAUACUUUCAAGUACAGGAUCAUGGCUGCCACAUUCAUUGUCUUCGCGCUGCUGUUCGUCGCCUGUUCUUACGCAUCACCUCUUAGAAUGAUGAGCAUGUAUGGUUCUCCCAUACUUAUACCGGUUCUUGUUCAAGAACUAGACGAUCCUCAAGCUUUGAUAAACAAGGAAUCGGUGUACGCAUUAAAUGACGAUUCUAAAGUUGCGAAUAGUAUUGCAAUCCCUAAUAUUGAAAAACGCAGUGUAGAGGAAGCAAAUGAUGAUGAUCUUGAGAUUGCAGCUGGUACCAAUGUUCUUCGUCCUCUCUUUGUGUAUCGGCAACAGGUCGCGUAUCGACAACGUGCCAGGGAACGUGCUGCCCGAAGUAGAGGUAGGCGAAUAUAAGCAAAAGAAACAAAAGCCGAUUUGGAGAUUUCAACAAUUUAUCUCAUUUUGAUAUUAUCUCAUUUUGGGAGGAUAAUACAAUCGAGAUACUUGAAAACUUAUAAAGCCUCAAUGGAUCUAAAGAUUUUUAAAGUUUUUUAAAGAUCUUUAAAGAAGGAUUGAAAGAAGAUUGAACAAAAAAAAAACUUCAUGAAAUUUAAACGAAGAUACGCAAAGCCCAAAGAAAGAUGGAUAAAUUACAAGGAAGCUAAGAUGAUUCCGCAUUAAAAUGAUUCGAUUAAACAAAAUACGAAUAUCUAUUUUGAGAAAUAGCAAGCUGUGAUACGAACUUUUUUUAAACAAAACUGAUAUCUGUAGAUUGCCAGGGCUGUAUGAGAGAAAGCUUGCUGUUCAUGGAUAUUUAUAGGUGUACCAUGAGCACACAAGAAUAAAAACUCAAGUUUAUAAACAGCGAAGCGAAAGACUCGCUCCAAUAUGAAAAUUUUGGGCGCAAAUAAAACUGUUUUCUUGUCGGAGUUUAUCGCCGAGAUAAAAAAAUAUGUGAAGUACAGAAAAAAUACAGAGAGUCGAUAACGGAAAGGAAAUUUUUGUACUGAAAAACGAGUAAACUUUAAAACAGCAGCGAAGAGCAUUGAACUUAUUAGUAUAAUUACGCUAAAAGAUUGUGGACGUUAUUUCGACGAAGAUUAACGGUAUAAAUUAACGGGUGUGAACUUGCUGAUUCAGAAGGUUUUUUCUUUUUACAACAAACGGAACAAUAAGAGCAAAAAAUCAAGAAAACAUUUAGCUAUUUUACGAUCAUAUAUGAUCUCUUAUAAAAAUUCUACAGAUUUAAGUCGGAUUAAAACAUACAAGAGAGUGAGCUGAUUAAAAUAAUAAACAAAAGAAUUAGAGGAAGCGG